UUUUCCUUUUGAUUGAUGAUUGACUUUGAAUUGGUUUAGCACAUAUAUAAAUCCAAACUGGUUGCAGUAUAAAAUCGUAUCGAUUCUCAUAUCAGAAUCAGUCUGCAUCAAGUGAUUUUAAAGUUCACAACAAUUUGCCCAAAGAAGCAUUGAAAUGAAGCUCAUCAUCGCCGUCAUUGCCCUGGCCCUGGCCAUCACCGCCAACGCUUCCCCAGCUCCUUACGCCCAUGAUGUGGUGGCUUACUCCAACCCAUGGCCGCUGAAGACCAGCUCUGUUUGGCCAGCCUACGGUGGAUUGUAUGGUGGUAAGGUCGCUGUAGUUCCAGAAGUUGCCUACGGAAAGUACGCCUACCCGAAUGUGUAUGGAAGCUGGCCAGUCUACGGAAAGAACUGGGGAUACUCUUCUCCGGUUGUUGCUGUCGGAGCCAAGCUGGUUGACAACAGCCUGUGGAAUUACGGAGGAUAUGGAUAUGGACACGGAUCCGGUCUGGGAUACAACAAGUACUGGCACUGAAUUGACUGUUGACUGAUUGAACGGAAUUUGGAAAUAAUAAAAUGGAGCAUUACUAACUUACCUACAAAAAA